AUGGAUCCCCGGUAUAGUGCUCAAGACAUCCUUAGAUGUGACCUUUGUGUAACCGAUGUAGUACAAAGUCACUGCGAAUUUUGUCAUGUCAACCUGUGUAAUGCCUGUGUAGGACAGCAUCUCUCUGAUUCAACCAAAAACCAUAGAGUCGUACCAUAUGCAGAAAGAACCGCAGGUCCUAAUAAUCCAAAAUGUUCAAAGCACUCCAAGAACUGUGAACUUUACUGUGAGCAAUGUGACCUUCCUGUCUGCUCUAUGUGCAUCUCCUCAGGUAAACAUAAGGGACAUCAUUUAUCAGAUGUUUUACAGGAUCUCAGCUACAAAAUAGAAGACUUGGAAAAAGAAUUAAAAGAACUUGAAACUAGAAUACGCCCAAAAUAUGACGAAAUUGCAACAGGCAUUAAAACCAAGAAAGACAACUUGGAAACAUACUACAGGAUAUUGUCAACAGCUAUCACCAAACAAGGGGAAGACUGGCACAGAGAAAUUAACAUCAUUGUCAACAAACAGAAAUCUGAAAUUGAUGAGAUGAAAAUUAAACAUUUAGCUGCUCUUAAUAAACAGGAAAAAGAAAUUUUACAAAUUACUGCAAAAGUAAAUCAGUGCAUACUUGAUCUGAAGAAAAUACUGGACUCCAAUGAAGUGUCCCUAGACUCUGCCUACAAAUCAAGAAAUACAGAGUUCAGACGUUUACCUCCAGAAGUUAUUGUUUCAUUACCAAGUUUCUCCCCUCAUCAGAUCAACACAGAACAGAUCCAUCAAAUGUUUGGUUCUCUGUCAGCAUUAUCCAUUACAACAGAAGAAUGCCGUUACACAAUCAAAUCACUGCUUGAUGAACUAGAGCUCAUCACUAUUUUAGGCACUGGGUAUGAAUUUCUAUACAGUGUUACCAGUCUGAGUGAUGAGGAAAUCUGGACACGUGGAGUAGACAAAACCAUGAAACUUUACAACCUCAAAGGUAAACUACUUAAGUCAAUCAAAACCAAGUCUGGCAGCAAACCAUGUGACAUAACAGUGUCAAGGAGUGGCGAUCUAGUUUAUACUGACCCUGAUACAAGAACUGUAAACAUAGUGAAGAAUAAACAGAUACAGGAAGUGAUCCGACUAGAGGGGUGGAUACCUUACUAUAUUUGUAGUACCUUCUCUGGUGACCUCCUGGUUACCAUGGACAGUGAAGAUAAAGAACAAUCUAAAGUUGUUCGUUACUCUGGAUCCACAAUGAAACAAACCAUUCAGUUUGAUAGUGUAGGUAAACCCCUGUAUUCAUCUAAUAUCUAUGCUAAAUACAUCAGUGAGAACAGAAACCUAGAUAUCUGUGUGGCUGACAAUGAAGCAAGAGCAGUAGUUGUGGUUAAUCAGGCAGGAAAACUCCGAUUUAGAUACACUGGUCAUCCCUCUACUACCACGGGAUCAUUUAGUCCACGCGGCAUCACAACAGACAGCCAGAGUCAAAUCCUGAUAGCAGACUGGGACAACCACUGCAUCCACAUCCUAGAUCAGGACGGACAGUUCCUCCGUUACAUUGAUAACUGUGAUCUACAACUUCCAUGGGGGAUAUGUGUAGACACAAGAGACAACCUCUUUGUGGCUGAGUAUAACAGUGGUAAAGUGAAGAAAAUCAGAUACAUGUAAAUAUUGCAUUAUGUCAAUAUAAGAUU